AUGAUACCAUCAGAAUACAUUGAACCAGAGGUCUCUCAGGCAAGUGUAGCAGACCCAGAACCAGGUCCUUCAACGACACCAGCAGUUAAAUGUAGACUAGAACAAGAACUUUGCCAUCAAGGCAGUAUUGUGGCCACAGGAAUUGAGGUAAGGAACCAAGAAAUUGUGCAUGGUGUAGAAGUUACUGUUCAUGAAAGGGUGUUCCAGAUCAUCAGUGACCAUGAUAAGCAGCAUAUUCCUGAGAGAGGCAACCCAUUUGAAGAACCACUACAAAAAGACACCACAGAAUCAGACAUGUUCUAUAUGAACAAAAAUCUUUUCGGUAAAAUAGAACUUUAG